CGGCCGGAAAAGUUGGGGCGGACCGCUAGCCCGAGUGGGCCAGGCGGGAAGUGCGGGGAAGAGAUACCGGAUUUGGGGGAGGUUUCUUGCUGGAAGGAGGCCAGGCAUUGGACGAGCUAUCGUGUAAGCACCUCUGGGGGUUGAUUGUGCUGUCCUCGAUGCACAGAUGAGGAGAUGAGCUCAGGAACACGUGUGCGUCCACGUAACCAGCCAAGCGUUAGUCCGAGUGUUGGCCGUGACCUGUGUGACUCCAGGACUUGUGCAGGAAUAACCCAAGUCACCUUUACUGGAAAUCAGUUUGCUGAAAGCCUUGAAACUGCAGUUCUUGGAGUUGAAGAAAAGGCCCCUGACAGCAUUGCUUCUCCACCUGAGCCUCUCCUCGGGACACAGAAUCCAAGAGAAUCCAAGUGGGCGGCAGGACCGCAGGCUCAGCCCGUCUCCAUUGUCUGCCUGACUCACACACCACCCUGCCCACAGCCUGUGGAGGUGUUGCGCCUUGACCAGAGGAGUGUGGCCCUUCCUUCCAAACCCUCUCUGGACGCCCUCCUAGCCUCGCCGGGGAAGAUGCGGCAGCUCAAAGGCAAGCCCAAGAAGGAGACGUCCAAGGACAAGAAGGAGCGGAAGCAGGCCAUGCAGGAGGCCCGGCAGCAGAUCACCACGGUGGUGCUGCCCACGUUGGCCGUGGUCGUGCUCUUGAUCGUGGUGUUCGUGUACGUGGCCACGCGCCCCGCCGUCACCGAGUGAGCGCUGUGGGCGGACUCCCCACGCAGGGAGUGGAGGCCCGGGAGGGGGAAAGCAGACGAAACAUGGCUUUCGUGUUCAGAGAUUUUCCCGAUGCUCAGCUCCAAGCAGGAGCACCCUGUCUUCUCUGGUCUUUGACUUGAUUAAAGUUUCUCCGAUUUCCCUGGGAGGGAAUAGGGAACGUUUUAUCAGUGAACGUGCCAUACACCUUAUGGUCCACUUCAUGUGCCUUUCAGACUUCAAAGAGGUGUGUGUGUGUGUGUGUGUGUGUGUGUGUGUGUGUGUGUGUGUUUCUUUUUCCCUCCUAAAAUCGAUAUGUAGCCCACCUGGUGAGGGGGGGAAUCUUUGGGUCAUGAAUCAGUUGGAGUCAGUGCUCACCCAUCUGCAUUGUUUUGCACAUGACUCUCUUCCUACAUGUGUUCACAAUUUCCAAAGGGACUGUACUUCUUCUCUGUGCUUAAUGUGAUUUGAAAUAUGUCGCCUCAAAAGUGAAAUAUUUAUUUUUUUGAAUAAAGGAGAUAAUAGCCUUAAA